GAACUCUAUAAGCGGCUGUCUUAAAACUAUCAAGUUUGGCGGGUUUUUCUGCUUAAUUUCGUUAGAUUGUUUAUUCACAAUCUUUGGUUGGGUACUUGAUUGAAUUCUCCUGACCACAUAACACCUUUAUGUGCAUGGAGUGGAAUUAUUCUUUGGCUCACUUGGGUUGUGUUAUUUUCUUUAUAAUUACAGUCUAGAACUGUCACUUUAACCUAAUUAAGCAUAACAAUUGUUAUGUUAAUACUAACAAGUCUGUUUGCUGGUUGAAUUCGCCCGACAAAUUUAUAUACUUUAUAUUUCUGACUGUCCGGAUAUUAUUUUCUAAUUCAUCAUGUUCUUCAACUUUCUUGGCUUUUUGAUAUUCUAUAAUUUCAUCGUACUGGGUCACUCAUUGUAUUCAGUAGCAUUUGAGUGUGGUAAACCGGCCAUUUAUUUAAACAAUGAGUUUUGGGUGACGGAUCUUACCCAGGAUUGUCUUGAAGAUGAAUUGUCGAUCCUAAAUUAUUGUAAGAAAGUAUACAGCGAGAGGAACAUAACCGCAGUUGUCUCCGCUCCUCCUAUUGAUGUUGUACUGUCAGAUUGGUGUGAGUUCGCACAUAAAAAACUUGCAAAGUGCCAGAGUAUCAGUGAUAAACGACAUGAGAUUAAGCCUUUCAUAUGCCUUGGUAUGUUUCAAAUGUUACUAUUUAAAAAUUGGUUCCAUAGAUAAUAUCCCGAUGACCACAUUGUUUACUCCUGUUGGAUGUCAGCUAAGUAGCCUUGAUAAUGAACGGAGUUACGUCUGUGAAAACUACAAGUUUUGGGAGAGUUCCACUCGAGAAGCUUGUCUUAUACGAAACAUGCGAUUUCAGAGCUAUCUACCAUACAAACCUUGUAUCAGUGAAAAAGACUUUCGUUCUAUGUAUUUUGCGGCUGCUAAAGUAGUGUGUUGCAAGAAUCUUGAUUCUGAUUUUACAAAUUCUGCUGCCGUUAUGAAACCACUCACCGACCCCGGAAACAAGAUUAGUUCAAUGUCCCAUAAACCCAGUCGCUUGGGUAAUAAAUUAACUACCACUGAGAAUGGUAUCUGGGAUAGUGACAAAACUGUCAUUAAUUAUUUGUCAUUCGCGAAACAAAAUUCUUCUUCUGGCUUAUUAAUACCUGAGCGUGAACGUUAUAGUCAAGCUAAAUUAGCAUUGGGUGAUGACUUACGCAAACGGGAAAAAGUGCUAGAACAAAAAUUCUCAAGUGAAGAAUCACUGAUUUCACCUGAAGACUGGCUAAACGAACCAGUCAAAAGUCAGCUCGAGGAGGACAGUUUAGUUCAAGAGUUCCUGAGUAAGUUUAUUAAAUUGGAAAAUCAGUCGGAACGAGAUCGGAAGACAUUGGAAACCAUUCAUCAUCAGCGAAUUGAAGCUCAAAUGCUUGAACGCAGAAAUGCAAUGCAAAAUACAUGGGAAAAGGCUGUGAAUAUUGAAAAUCCAAAUAAUUUCACACUAUUUGAAACGCUAAAGCGUUUAUUCCGAGUUGUUGAACAUGAUCGUAGUCACUAUAUUAAACGAUUCGAACAUUUACGCAAUAUGGAGCUACCUGAAGCUGCUCAGCAAUUAGCAUCUAUUAAGGAAAAAUUGGUUGAACUUGAUAUUUUACUUAAUAAAAGUUUGGAAAAAAUAAAUCUGCAUCCAGAACUAAGCCCACCCUUGUUAACUUAUGCAAAUUAUCUUCGAAAUAACGAAUAUCGCGAUUUGGAAUCUCAAUCAAAAGCUGUUUUAGUCGCCGAUGUUACGUUACCAGAUAUGAUUAAACUCCCUACAUUUCAAGAACAGGUAUCAUUAAAAGCUGAAAAGAUUCUAGCAAAGCAUCGUCAUCAUCUAGAACCGUUAUAUUCAGAUAAGCUGACGACCAACAAAUCGAACAAAAGUCGAAUUAAACCUCCUAGGAGACAUAAAAUGUUGACAGAUCAUCCUUUUGGAGGCAAUAAAAAUAAAAACUUUUCUAAUUCUCAUCAAAUGAAAACAACUAUAAUUAUUCCAACAGUUUCCAACUUGGUCGAUAUUGAUGUGAAGUCAUUUUUAAGCACUGUGGAUUAUUCUUCAUCUUUAUCAUUAAAUCAAAAUCAACAUAAACCUCAUAUUAAUAGUAGCGAAAUGACAGAAAAUAAAACAAAUGUUCAAUUUGGAUCAUAUCAAAAUAUAAGUGUUGUUAUGUUACAUUCUGACCAAUUACUAAAUACAUCCAAUUCAUCUACUAUUAAUUUAUCAACCCAAAUACAUGUUCAUAAAACAACUUAUAUUUUAUUAAUUCUUCUAGGUAUAGUUUUAUGCUUUAUUUGUUUAUUUAUUAUUUUACGUCGUUAUUUCACUUCUAUUCGAUAUAAUCGUAAAGGUUAUACAUUAACUGUUGUAGAAGUUGAUGAAGUAAUAGCGCCAAAAGUGAAUUCACCACAAUUUUUACCAGUUAAACAAAGUCGUCUUAGAAAUAUUUCAAAAUCAAUAACAAAUCAUCAUCGUCACCAUCAUAAUGAUUCAAUACAUUAUUGGCAACUAAAUGGUUAUGAAAAUCCUGCAUAUAAAAUCACUUCAAAUACAACUGAUAAAUUUAAUAAUACAAAUCGUUAUCAUCAUCUUGGAUUAUUUCAUCAAGAUAAUAGUUUUGAUGAUUUUGAAAUUUAAUGAGGAAGUGUUCAAUUUCUUUGUUGUUUUCAGUCAAUUUCUUCUUUUGAAUAUCUCAAUCAUUUAUGGGGGGACAAAAAGAAUUGAACCUUUUUUUAUUAAUCUACUUAUUUAUUUCAUCGAAUCUGUUUUCAAACUUACUUUUACUUACUUACGCCUGUUACUCCCAAUGGAGCAUAGGCCGCCGACCAGCAUUCUCCAAACUAUCGAAUAUAAAAAAAAUAUUGUAUAUGUAUCAUUAGUACUGUUUAUUCACACUUACUAAAUCAUAAUAUUAACAUACAGAUAUAUGACUCUUUUUAUUUGCUCUGGGUUUUUUUUUGUUUAAUGGCCUUCUUGUAUUAGUAAAUAAUAGUUUUUUCUCUUCAUGGUAUCCAUUAAUAUCAUAGCUCUUCUAAUCAUUCAUGUUUUUGAUGUAUCCAUAAAACAUCUACUUAAGCCAUAUAGAUAUCCCUACUCAUGUAUGCGAAUAAUGUACAUUUUUAUGUGCAAUAUUUAAUGGCUUUAUAUCAUUAUUAUUUUGUUUGGUAAUGUUUUUUUGUUUUAAUUUGCUUAUUUCUUACAUGUACAUGAACAAGACGAUUAUUUUCUUUCUUUUUAUAGCUUUUAAUCAUUAAUUUAUCAUAUUUAUGCAUUUAUUUUUAUUUGUAAUAUAAUUCUUUUUCAUUUUUAAAGAAAAAAUAAGUUGCAUGUGUUU